AUCUCGGUUGAGAAAGGAGCUGGGAAGGUGAAGCCGAAGGGAAGGGAGCAAAAGGAAGAGGGGAAGAAAGAAAAAGAGAUUUGAAAUGUUAGCUCAAGAGUAGACCGUAAAGAUAAGCGCAUAAUGAUAAAAUGCUUACAAAAAGUCCAGGCUGGAUCCCAAAAAUGAAGUGAUUCCAUUGGCUUCCUUGUUACCAUGGAGACAGUGAUAUCACCGGUCACAAUUCUGAUGUCAUCCCCCAGACCCAACAAAGGGGAGGUGAAUGGAAGGCUGGGGGAGAAAACAAGAUCUUGAGCUGAGCAAGAACAUCCCAGCAUCUUCAUUGACUUUAAAAGUAUAUUUUGGAGUCUUCUGUGGUUCACUAAUCCAGAGCUAGAAAGAUUCCUUAUAUAUUACAUGGCAGGAGGUGUAAGUAAACUUAGUGAUAGAGAAGACAACAUCAAAUUAAUCAAGAGCUUUCCUCAUAUCUCAGAACCCAUCCUCAGUAAAAAUGGCCGAUAGGGUCGACUGGCUACAAAGCCAAAAUGGAGUCUGCAAAGUUGAUGUCUAUUCACCCGGGGAGGGCCAUUCCCAGGACUGGAAAAUGGAAGCCUCCUCAGAUCCCAUCAGAGUGCUCAGCUGGCUGCGCAGAGACCUGGAGAAGAGCACAGCAGAGUUCCAAGAUGCCAGGUUCCAACCUGGAGAAACAUCGAUCGGGGAGGAAAUUGCCAACCCCGGAGACCCACGCAAAGGUUUCUCUGUGGACUAUUACAACACCACCACCCAGGGCAGUCCAGGAAGACUGCAUUUUGAGAUGACUCACAAAGAGAAUCCUUCCCAGGCUGGUAACGGGAGUUUAGUAGACGAAGUCUCCUUCUACGCAAACCGCCUCACAAAUCUAGUCAUAGCCAUGGCCCGAAAAGAGAUUAAUGAGAAGAUUGAUGGCUCUGUAAGGAAGUGUGUCCACCAGUCGAUGUAUCUGGGAGAUGAACCCAUGCCGGAGAAAAGCCUGAGCACUGUAGCAUCCGAGCUGGUGAAAGCGACAGUCUCUGCGUGUGUUAAGAACUCUGACCCCGAAAAGGCUCCCAGCUCUGGAGACAGGGCCUCAGGAUCGCAGAGUCCCCCACAUCUGAGAUACAAGAGCACUUUAAAGAUCAAGGAGAGCACCAAGGAAAGUGAGUGUCCAGGUGACAAGCCUGCUUCUAAGAAAUCUUUCUUCUAUAAGGAAGUGUUUGAAUCUCGAAAUGCAGGAGAUGCUAAGGAGGGUGGGAGGUCCUUACCUGGGGAAAGAAAGCUGUUCCAGGGGAAGGAAAGGCCCAAUGACUUCACACCUUCUCUUAGUCAAGGGAUCAUGACCUACACCAAUAGUGUGGUGUCCGAUAUGAUGGUCUCCAUCAUGAAGACCCUGAAGAUCCAAGUGAAGGACACAACCAUCGCCACCAUCCUGCUGAAGAGAGUCCUGAUCAAGCAUGCAAAAGAGGUUGUCUCGGAUCUCAUCGACUCCUUCAUGACAAACCUCCACAAUGUCACGGGAACCCUCAUGACGGACACAGACUUUGUCUCAGCUGUGAAAAGAAGUCUCUUCUCUCACGGAAGCCAAAAGGCCACAGAUAUCAUGGAUGCCAUGCUGGGGAAACUCUACAAUGUGGUGUUUGCCAAGAAAAUCCCCGAGACUCUCCGGAGAGCCAAGGACAAGUCCGAGAGUUAUUCCCUCGUCUCCAUGAAAGGGAUGGGCGACCCUAAGUACCGCAACAUGAACUUUUCAAUGAAAUCUGAAGCUAAAUGGAGAGAAAAGAUGCAUUCCGCAUGCAAACCACAGAAGGAGAAGACAUGCAUCGAAACUCUGGGUGAACACAUCAUCAAAGAGGGGCUGACCAUGUGGCACAAAAGCCAGCAUAAAGACUGUACAUCUCCAUGUCCCGAGCAUGCAACCUCUGCAGGGCCCCACGAGCAGCACAGCCCUACAUCAGACACCCCCUUUGAGGACCAGGACCCUUGCAACCUCUGCCUCCAUCCAGAAGACCUCAAGAACUCCAUGUGUGAUUCAGACUCCUGGGCCAAGGACCUGAUCAUUUCUGCCCUCCUCCUCAUUCAGCACCACCUGGCCCAGGGAGGAAGGAUGGAUGCACAGAGCUUCCUUGAAGCUGCUAACACCACCAACUUCCCCCACAACAGGCCCUGCGCAGCUCCCACUGAGCCCAGCCGUAAGUAUCCACAUAAGGGUUGUGACCAGGAACAAGCAGGCAAGAAGGAUCUCAUGAGUGUUUUCUUCAACUUUAUCCGGAACUUACUUAGUGAGACCAUUUUCAAGAGUGACUGUACCUCUGAACACAAGGUGCGGAUUAAGGAAGAAGGUGGCAACCAGUAUGAAAGACCUGCGACCCCUUGUUCUCCCAAGCCGUGUGAGGACAGUGAGGCUGGUGGUCCCUUCUCUGAACUGACCAAGAUGGUCGCCAGCCAGGUAGAUGGCCACAUGAGUGGGCAGAUGGUGGAACAGCUCAUGGACUCUGUGAUAAAGCUGUGUGUCAUCAUUGCCAAGUCCUGCGACUCUUCCUUGGUAGAACUGGGAGACGACAAGUGUGGGGACCCCAGCAGGCCAGGCUCAGCCCUCCCAGACAGCUUGUACGAGUGCUUACCAGUCAAGGGCACGGGGACAGCAGAAGCUCUCCUGCAGAACGCCUACCAGAACAUCCACAAUGAGCUGAGAGAUCUGUCAGGACAGCUGCCUGAAGGGUGCACAGCCCCCAAGGUGAUAGUCAGCAACCACAACCUAACGGACACCGUCCAGAACAAGCAGCUGCAAGCCGUCCUGCAGUGGGUGGCAGCCUCUGAACUCAACGUCCCGAUUUUGUAUUUUGCUGGUGACGAUGAGGGGAUCCAGGAGAAGCUGCUCCAGCUCUCGGCGGCUGCCGUGGAAAAGGGCCGCAGCGUCGGGGAGGUUCUGCAGUCCGUGCUGCGCUACGAGAAGGAGCGACAGCUGGAUGAGGCUGUGGGGAACGUCACGCGGCUGCAGCUGCUGGACUGGCUGAUGGCGAACCUGUGACGAGCCCACCGCGUCCUCUCCCGUGGGCCCCUCCCAGUCCGCACAGGCCUCCCGCGGCCCUCGCACCGUCAUCAGCGAGCGCUGACUGCAGAUUUUCCUGUCCAUGCGAGCAAGGAUGUAAAAUUAAAAAUUACAAUUAA